AUGGCUGUGACGGACUUCUUCGUCGGCGAGAUCGCCUCGGAGCUCAUAAAGAUGCUCGCACAGAUCGUGGGGAAGUCGAUUGUCUGCAAAUCCAGCGUGGCCCAUCUCCUAGCCGAAGUGGAGCAGUUCUACAACAUUACCCAAGAGAUCAAAUACUCCGGCGUUGAGCUCUCGGAAACUCGACAGUUCGGGCUCGACCAAGUCUCCGAGGAAAUGAAAAGGGCCAUUGAGCUCUGUCAAAAUAUUAAGAACUCGAGCAGGUGGAACGCCUACAAGAGCCUCCAGUACGCUAAGAAGUUGGAGAAGAUCGGGAAGUCGAUUAAGAGGUUCAUUCAAGGCCCGAUGCAACUGAACAUGUGGGCGGAUAUCCAUCAAAUAAGAUGCAGCUCCAUGGAGAGGUUCGAUAGAGUGGACGGCUCGAUGAGGAGCCUGGAGCAGCAGGUCACGGAGAUGAGGAUCGGCAGUGGUGGUUGGGUCCAGGAUGCGGUUCAGUUCCAAGAGCAGUUGGGGCAGUCCAUGUUGGAGGUUGGCCUAGGUGGCAGCGGUGGUCCGAACGUCGGUGUUGGGUUGGAAGUUGGGAAGAGGAAGGUGAGGGAGAUGCUGAUGGGAAGAAAUGAUUUGGGGAUCGUCGGAAUCGUCGGAAUCGGUGGGUCGGGAAAGACCACUUUGGCGAAGGAGAUUUUCAAGGACGACCAAGUUAAAGGUUAUUUCGACGACAAGAUGCUGUUCCUGACUGUGUCUCAGUCCCCAAAUAUCGACAACUUGAAAGCAAAGAUGUACGGAUUUCUCAUGGGAAAUGAUUCAAUGACUUCGUAUGACCGGAUGCCACCGUGGAUCCCGCAAUAUGGGGGGAGAACUCUUGACCCUGUGCAAUCCCUCAUCGUGCUGGACGAUGUAUGGAAAUUAAAAGAUCUUGAACCGCUGGUGAAUAUCAAAGGACCUGGGUGCAAGAUCCUUGUGGUCUCACGUUUCCGGUUCCCUACGAUUUUCCAAGUCCACUAUGAAGUGGAGUGUCUGAGGGACGAUGAAGCUAUUACUCUGUUCUGUCUUUCUGCAUUUGAACAAACCUCGAUCCCUCCUGAGGCUAAUGAAAACUUAGUAAAGCAGGUUGUGAAUGAGUGUAAAGGGCUUCCUCUAGCUCUGAAGGUGAUUGGAGCUUCGCUGCGGGACCAACCCGAGAAGUAUUGGAAAAGUGCGAGAAACCGGUUGCAACGGGGCCAGCCAAUUUGUGACUCCCAUGAAAUCAAUCUACUGGAGAGAAUGAAGAUUAGCUUUGACCAUUUGGAGAAGAAAGUGAAGGAGUGCUUCUUGGACUUGGGUUCCUUCCCGGAGGACCGGAGGAUUCCUCUUGAUAUCCUCAUCAGCAUGUGGGUCGAGGUCCAUGAUAUCGAUGAGCAAGAAGCUUUUCUCAUCCUCGUUGAACUCUCCAACAAGAAUCUCAUCUCCUCAAUUAAAGACUCUCGGGUGGGAGAAUUAUGUAGCAGUUACUCUGAGGCGUUUGUUAUCCAGCAUAAUGUGCUGAGGGACCUUGCCCUACACCUCAACCACCAAGGAGAAAUCUAUGAGCGGGAGCGGCUAGUUAUGCCAAAAAGAGAAGCUGAGCUCCCGAGAGAGUGGGAGAGAUACUCAGACCGACCCUUCAAUGCCCGGAUUGUUUCGAUUCACACAGGUGAAAUGAACGAGAUGGACUGGCCGAGGAUGGAAUUACCGAAGGCUGAAGUGCUCAUCCUUAACUUCGCAUCCAACGAGUACUUCCUUCCUCCUUUCAUUGAGGACAUGCCGAGGCUCCGUGCACUAAUUGUGAUAAACCAGGGCAAAUCUAACGCAGUCCUUCGGAACUUCUCAGUAUUCAACAGCUUGGUCAACCUAAGGAGCCUGUGGCUCGAGAAAGUCAAUGUGCCGCAUUUAUCGAACACCACUAUCCCUUUCACUAAAAUGCAGAAGAUCUCUCUCAUCCUCUGCAAGAUCAACAACAGCCUCGACCCCUCUGUGGUAGACCUCCCUCAGAUCUUUCCAUGUCUCUCUGACCUCACGAUCGAUCACUGUGACGACCUGACAGAGCUCCCCUCGAGCAUCUGCAGGAUGCAAUCCCUCAAGAGCCUGAGCAUUACAAAUUGCCACGGCUUAAAGAAGCUCAGUACCGGUUUGGAACAACUAACAAACUUGGAGAUCUUACGUGUCUAUGCUUGCCCGAAUCUCAGGAUGCUCCCUGCUGGCAUUUGUGAGCUGCAGUGCUUGAAAUAUCUCGAUAUCUCUCAAUGUGUGAAUUUGGCGAAACUUCCUGAUCGGAUAGGGAAUCUGAUGAGCUUGGAGAAGAUCGACAUGAGGGAAUGUUCUCGGGUGAGAUGCCUCCCCAAGUCGGCCUCAGGGCUGCAGUCCCUGAAGUCAGUCAUCUGCAACGAGGAGGUUUCCCCCGUGUGGAGAGACGUAGUGAGGGCAAGGCCAUGCCUCAACCUUCAAGUCGUGGAAAGGUGCUUCACUCUGGACUGGCUUGAUGAGUGAAGUAAAUAACGAAUAUACUAUGAAUAAUAUUGCGUAAAUAACUCUGCAAGCUGAAACUGUUUAUGGCCGAUCAAUUUGAUCGAAGCAAGUUAGAUAGAAGUGCAGAGGUCGUCCUUUUCUUUUUGGUGUGAAACCUGGUAUCCCAGCUUUGUAAUGUACAGUUUGUUGUAAUGCAAUGUAACCCCCAUUUUCUUGGACCACAUAAGUCGGAAGGGAACAUCGUUAGCAUGGAA